UCUAACAAACGAGAACCCAGGUUACUCCAUGCUUUAUCAGCAUCAGAACCUGACGGUUCCAACUCCGACGUCCAGCUGAUACGGUUUGCAUAGUCCAUGACACGAGUGAUCGUAUUCAGAUUGAACGCCAAACGGGCUAUAUGCUAUAGCGGAGACUGGUUCGUUGACCGAAAGUCAUAAAAUUAACCAACAUUUUUCGCCGAUAACAACGAACGAUGGGUACAGAGUUAAACAACAUCCGCGAUCAUAACGCGCUAAAUGAUGACACAACUAAAUGUAAUGUGGCUUCAAUACCGAUAACAGAAGCUCAGGAUGUAGAUAACGCAUUACAAUGUCGCAUCUGUUUAGCGGGCGCGAGCAUCGAGAAUCUCACUGUUUCACCGUGCCGAUGUUCCGGUACAAUGGGUCACUUGCACAAAUCUUGUUUGGAUCAAUGGCUCACAGCACGAGAUCAUCAUCUAUGUGAAAUCUGUCUUCAUCCUUUGGGAUCUCCGAGACCCUCUGAACGAGCGUUCUCACAAACGCCAUUAGUACCGCGUCCCCAACUGUUACCUGUUGGCACUGCUAUUCAGCCUCUAGACCCUAUGGGUAUGACGAUGGAUAUAGUCGCCAUGUUGGUGAUGGCCCUAGGUUUCAUGUAUGUUGGCUACGCGUUAAUGCAGCAGAGUCCUGAUCCUGUCCUUAUUGGCAAGGAGAGUACACGCCAUGCUAACACAGCAUCGAAAGAGGGUCGUCGACCCACUAUUAGCCAGAGAGAAGGCCAGCAGCAAUCGAAAGAUACCAACCGUGAACACGCUAAUACAAGGUCAGGAAUCGAGGUGACCAUCUUUUGUGCAGUGGCGCUUUUCUUAAUCUUGCUGUCAACGUGUGGUAACGUGGCUGUUCAAUUUCUGCGAGUUCCAAGACCUAGAAGAAAUAGAGGCGCUGUUCCUGAUCAAGGAGGCUUUACGCUGGCGCCAGAAUCUGGCCGUGUGGUUUGAGACUAGACCCUAUGUGCCAGGAGCUUGUCUUGAACACAAAAGCAAAUAAUAAGAUUGCUAGCGAGGUAAACGUUUUAAGGAACACUUUAAUCUGUUGUUGUGUUGGGAAUAACGUGGAUCGCGCGAAAAACGCAUUUGUUUUUGGUAGCCAAAGGCACAAUAUUACAUAAUUCUAUUGUUCAUA